AUGACUCUUAUGUUAACAGCUCCAAGCUCACCUGGUUCCAAUCAACCUCUUUUUACUCCAUCAGAAGUCGUACAGUUCUACAAGGAAAAUGGUCCUCAUAUAUUUAAACUCAGGCCUCUCUGGGAUCCUAUCAGAUGUCCCAAGUAUGAUGGAAUGUUCUUACGAAACAAAGCUAGAGAGUUAUUGAAAGAGACACGACUGAAUCAGACGUUGACGAACGUGGUAAUAACAUCUUUCGAUGAGCGGAAAAUCUACCCAGUUAUAUUCUCAAGCUUCAAGCUGAAGACACAAACUUACUGA